AGCCAGAAACACUUUUUUUUUCUUAAAAUCGUUUUUGACAGGUUUUUAUUUGUAUGGAGCACAAUACCACUGAGGAGUUUACAACGUCUACAUUUUAGUCAUUUAGCAGACGAGAGCGAUUUACAGUUAGCGUAACACAUUGGAAAGUCUCUCACCCUAUCACAAUAUUGUACAAAUUAGUUGCUGUAUGUGCGGAUGCUGGGGCAUGCUGAGGGAGAGUUUUUGGGAAGGGGAUUUGUGCGGCGGGUCACUCCUGGAGUGCGUUGUCUGUGUUCAUCCAAACAAAAUACAACUAGAUUAUUUCAUGGGAAAUCAGUGUCCUAGACUGUUUACGCUAGUCAACAAACGACGUGCGAGUUUCGGUGGCCUUACAGGUUCGUUACAAUAGUUAGGUGGGACACCCACUUAUCUCAGUCAUUAUGUAUGCGUGUAUGUGUGUCAGAGCUUGGGGGUAAAAAGUCAAGCGUAGGUCACAACAACAUUUACGAAAGGAGCGCUCAUGUGGCACAUGGUGGUUCUACCUUCCACCAGCCAAGUUCUGCCAACACCGAGCAUACUCCCCCUUUCUGGGUGGAUGAUUGACUGUACAGGCAGUGAAUGCUAGACGCCCCUGUCACUGUCGUCACGCUGUCAACAGCAGAAGAGCAGAUAGAUGUAGUUAUCUGGCCAUUGUUAAGUUGACAGGACCAUCCUGGAUUGUGUACCACAGUGGAAUUACCAUACUAUUGGUCAGCAGACGAAUAAUGGACAUGUACAAGGAUUCCUCAUCUAUGGAUUUCAAUGGAGUGAUUUUUGUCUGACCAAAACAUUUUCUAUAGAAGGCCAAGGCUUUCCCUACAAAAUAUAAGGCGCUAGUAUUCUGGUCACAUUUUUACUGAGAUGUUGUUUUCCAACGGCUUGAAGUGGAGCCUGUAAUUGUGAUGAAGACACGGCCUGUUUCUGUUCAUCAGAGGAACCCAGUGUUCAUCCUGUUAUAGCCAAGAAAUCUCCAGGGGAGGAAUUAUUCUCAGACAUCCCUUGGAAAUCUGAAUUUUCAAUAAGGGGCUUCUCUGUUUUUCCCUUCCCUCCGCUUCCCUGAAAAUUUCAUUUUUGUCUACCACUACACCAUGUAUCUAUCGAUGCAGAAGAACUUCAGGGCAUUUACUGUGUUAGCCUUUAUUGUAACUUUCACCAUGUUCCUCUUCUGUUUCACUUUGAGAGAUCCCUCUCUGUACUUCUUCAAAUAUGCCAUACACAAGUCGGAUAGCUUCUUCUCUAAUGGCCAGUGUGGCUGUCGACAGUGUAUGACAGAGCUGGAAGACGACCCCUGGUUCACUGAGCGGUUCAACCUGUCAGUCCACCCUCUGCUGUCUAGGAGGAACAGCCUGCUGACUAACGACACAUACCGCUGGUGGCAGCGCUUGCAGGAUCAUAAGGACCCGGCCGACUUCAGCGAGGUGGUGGAGAAGUUGUUCCAGGUCAUCCCUGAUAAUGAUAACCUCUACAAGGACGCGGGGCCUGAGCGCUGUAGGACCUGUGCUGUGGUGGGGAAUUCUGGGAACCUCAAGGGCUCCCGCUACGGACCCCUCAUCGACUCCAGUGAUGUCAUCAUCAGAAUGAACAUGGCUCCUACCUCUGGCUUUGAGGAGGAUGUUGGGAGCCGGACUACACAUCACGUCAUGUACCCAGAGAGCGCUAUAGAUCUGGACAACACCACCAUUCUUCUGCUCAUCCCCUUCAAGACUCUGGACCUGCAAUGGAUCACCAGUGCCUUGACCACCGGCUCCAUCGAAGAAACAUACGUUCCGGUCCGGUCCAGGAUUAAGGCAAACAAGAACAGGGUGUUGAUAUACAGCCCAGCCUUCUUUAAAUAUGUCUAUGACACAUGGCUGGAGAGUCAUGGCCGGUAUCCCUCCACUGGCUUCCUCAGCCUAAUGUUUGCCGUGCACAUCUGCGAUAAGGUGAGUGUGUACGGGUUCGGAGCGGACCGGUAUGGGAACUGGCACCACUACUGGCAAAAUAAUUACCACGGAGGCGAAUUCCGCAAAACCGGGGUGCAUGAUGCGGACCAUGAGAACAACGUCACCCUGCUUCUGGCUGAUAAACACAAAAUUGAUAUUUUCAAAGGCUUCUGAUAUCUGGAGAUGUCAUUGGCCUGAGACCAUCAAGCCUCAUCAGCCUAAAUCCUGUUGACUCAGGGAUUAUCCACUGGGGAUAAACUGGUUGAAAUAACAUUGUUUCAACGUAAUUUGUCACUGUGUCGUGAUGUGGAAUGCAUGUGUAAAAUGUCUUGGAUUUGCAAAAAGUCAUCAAUGUAAACAAUUGUUUUGAGGGUGAAAUUUCAACCAGGAUUAUGUCAUGGUAACCUAUUUUUAAGACACAAUUUAUAUAAAAUGUUACAUUUGUAGCUUUUUGUAACAAUGUCAGAUCUUUAAUGUUAUAUCCACUAUCAGACCCCCCCCCCCACACACACACACACACAAAAAGUUGGUUGUGAACUAACACUUGUACUUUUUCCCCCCUGACUAGCUCUGACUUUGCUGAUAGCUACUUCAUUGUGGAUAAAUGUACUUACUGUAGGUUUAACAAUGCAAAGGAAACGUAACCAUACUUUAUCAAUCGGAUACCAUCAAUGAUGCUAUUUAGGCCUAUAUAGCAUUUGCGACCGUCAUCAACAGCUAUUUGAAUUCAACCCAGGAUUCAACUAAAAAUAGACAAUACAUAUAGGCAAAUGGUUUGAGUCUUUUAGUUAAUUUAAAAGUUAAUAAUGUAUGGGGGGGUUGCGCUAAGCUGACAUAUGGAAUUGUUUUAGAUGGUCAUACUAUGAAUCCCUUAGCUAUUUGAUUUUGAAUUUUAGAACUCCUUUAGGUAUAAAAAAAAUGUUUUGAUAAAUUAUUAAUUUUGGCCUUUACUACUAAAGCACAUUGAAUAGCACAUUCAUAAAUGGCAAAAAGUAACAAAAAAAUCAUAAGAAACAAGGUUUUGAAGUGUCUGACAUAAACCCAGUAUAUAUAAAAAUUUAUAUAUAUUUUUUUGUGUAUAUUUAUUUGUAAAAAAGAGUGCACGUUCAAGAUCACAGGUCUGUUGACCGCUUCACAAUUUCUACAAUAAACAGCAUUGAUCACUUGCAUCAUGUCAUAUUAAUGUCACGUAUUCUCAACUGCAAUCUGUCAUUUGGUUGUGCUAUUAGAUGGAGCACAGUGAUAACACAUUAAGUUAUUGUAUAAAUAACAUAUGACAUUGUAUUCCCAUUUUAACUUUGUUGUGCUUUUAAAUGGUCUUAAAUCCAGUGAUACACAUGUACAGUGCCUUCAGAAACUAUUCACCCUUGACUUUUUCCACAUUUUGUUACUGCAGCCUGAAUUUAAAAUGGAUAACAUUGAGAUGUAUCACUGAUCUACACACAAAGCCACAUGUCAAAGUGGAAUUGUUAUUAAUUUUAACUAAUUUAUAAAAACGAAAAGCUAAUUCACUCCUUUAUCGCAUGCCUAAAUAAGCUCAGGAGUAAAUAUGUGCUUAGCAAGUCCAGUAAGUUGCAUGAACUCACUCUGUGUGCAAUAAUGCUGUUAAUCCAUUUCUGAAUGACUCCUUUCUGUACCCCACACACAGUUAUCUGUAAGGUCCCUCAGUCAAGCAGUGAAUUUCAAGCACCGAUUCAACGACAAAGACCAGAGAGGUUUUCCAACGCCUUGCGAAGAAGGGCACCUAUUGGUAGAUGGGUAAAAAAAAAGCAGAUAUAGAAUAUACCUUUGAGCAUAGUGAAGUUAUUAAUUACACUUUGGAUGGUGUAUCAAUACACCCAGUCACUACAAAGAUAUAGUUGUCCUUCCUAACUCAGUUGCCGGAGAGGAAGGAAACCGCUCAAGGAUUUCCCCAUGAGGCCAAUGGUGAUUUUUAAACCAGUUGCAGCGUUAAAUGGCUGUGAUUGGAGAAAACUGAGGAUGGAUCAGCAACAUUGUAGUUACUCUACAAUUCUAAACUAAAUGACAAAGCGAAAAGAAGGAAGCUUGUACAGAAUACAAAUAUUCCAAAACACUGUUUGCAAUAAGGCAAUAAAGUAAAACUUUGAAAAAUAUGGCAAAGAAAUGUCCUGAAUACAGAGCAUUACCGUAUGUUUGGGCAAAUCCAACACAACACAUCACCAAGUACCACUCUUCAUAUUUUCAAGCAUGGUGAUGGCUGUAUCAUGCUAUUGGUACGCUUGUCAUCGGCAAGAACUAGGGAGUUUUUUUAGAAUAAAAAGAAAAGGAAUAGAGCUAAGCACAGGCAAAGUCCUAGAGGAAAACCUGGUUCAGUCUGCAUUCCAACAGACACUGGGAGACAAAUCAACCUUUCAGCAGGACAAUAACCUUAAAAUGCAAGGCCAAAUAUUGUACAAUCCAGGUUUGCAAAGAUCUUGGAGACUCUGCUGUCUCCAAAGUUGCCAAAGUUGAUUCUAACAUGUAUUGACUCAGGGGAUUGAAUACUUAUCUAAAUAGAUGCCUGUUUUAUUUCCCAUAAAUGUAUUUAUUGUGUAGAUUGUUGACCAAAAAAAAUGACAAAUCAAUUUUAAUCCCACUUUGUAACAAAACGUGGAAAUAGUCAAGGGGUGUGAAUACUUUCUGAAGGUACUGUAGGUGACCACUCAACCAAACAAAAACUAGACAUUGUUUCUCCGUUGGAAUUGACUUGUGCUUUUAGACAGUUGAAAGCAUAGUGAUAACACAUUGGGAAUUCAACAACCUUUCGGCUGUCUUUUUGAGCGAGUGAAUAUAGAUUGUAAUCUCAUUGAUCAACGUCUCAACCAAAUAUUACCCAAUUGUCCACAUUGAAAUGAUGUGUGCCCAGUGGGUAUGGUUUUGAUACAGAGCUGAUGCUGGUUGAUUUAUAUAGAUGACUGAAACAAAACUAUUUCAUAUUCACAUUUAGCCACCAUGUACAGUCGUUACCCCAUAAAACAGAAGGGUGUCAUUUUAAUGUCACGUAUUCUCAACAAAACUAUUUCAUAUUCACAUUUAGCCACCAUGUACAGUCGUUACCCCAUAAAACAGAAGGGUGUCAUUUUAAUGUCACGUAUUCUCAACAAAACUAUUUCAUAUUCACAUUUAGCCACCAUGUACAGUCGUAACCCCAUAAAACAGAAGGGUGUCAUUUUAAUGUCACGUAUUCUCAACAAAACUAUUUCAUAUUCACAUUUAGCCACCAUGUACAGUCGUAACCCCAUAAAACAGAAGGGUGUCAUUUUUGGGGGGUAAUUAAGUGCCUUAUCCAUGAUAUUCAUUUGACCAGUUAAAGCAGGUCCAAAGUGCCUUUGUUAUUCUUGUGAGGGAGCAGUGCAAUAUUCUUUGAUAAAUGAUUUAACAUGUACAGUAUUACAAUUCUGGAGCUGCUGCUCAUGACAGCUCUGCAAUUACUCAUGACCAAAUACAGUAUUAUUAUUUAUGACAGGCUUUUCAGAUGUUACGGGCUUCUCAAAAACAUCUCCACUAGUUGGACUCUGAUACAGAGAGAUGUAUCAGACCUUUAACGAUGAUGGGAAACUGUAGUGACCUAGAACCAGUGGUGUAAAGUACUCAAGUAAAAAUACUUUAAAGUACUACUUAAGUAGUUUUUUGGGGUAUCUGUACUUUACUAUUUAUAUUUUUGACAACAUUAAUUUUACUUCAUUACAUUCCGAAUGAAAAUGAUGUACUUUUUUACUCCAUACAAUUUCCAUGACACCCACAAUUAAUCGUUACAUUUUGAAUGCUUAGCAGGACAGGAAAAUGGUUAAAUUCCCGCAUUUAUCAAGAGUAGAUCCCUACUGCCUCUGAUCUGACGGACUCACUAAAUAAUGUCUGAGUGUUGGAGUGUGACCCUGGCUAUCUGUAAAUGUAAAAAACAAGAAAAUAGUGCUGCCUGGUUUGCUUAAUAUAAGGAAUUUGAAAUGACUUGUACUUUUACUUUUGAUACUUAAGUAUAUUUAAAACCAAAUACUUUUAGACUUUUACUCAAGUAGUAUUUUACUGAGUGACUUUCACUUUUGUCAUUAUCUAUUAAGGUAUCUUAACUUUGACUAAAAUGUGACAAAUGGGUACGUUUUCCACCACUGCCUAGCAUUGAGGGGAAUAUUUGUUUGAAGUUUAUGAAAUGUGAUAUCAUUGAAGCCAGUAAGAUUCAGAACCACUCACCCUUUACUUUUACAUGGGGUGCUUGAAUCUUGUGUUAUUGCACUCAUUCAUGCAUUUUAAAUAUAUUUUACACUCUCGCUUGCAUAUUUUAAUAUUUUCACCUUUUAAGAUGACAAAAAAAAAUCUCACAGGAGAAAUGACAUGGUAAGAUAACUGAUGUUCCUGCGUUAUUCUAUUUAAAGUAUCAUAAGAUAAGCUGAAGGAUGCCUCUGUGAUUGAUUUAUCUUUGGGACAUUAGGACUUUAGUUAUGUGCCUUGAGGCAACUCUGCCAGUCAAUGGGUAUUUUCAUUGCUCCAAAGUCUUAUCCUUCCCCCCCACACAUUUUUUGAGCCAUGGGAUAGAUCUCAAUUGCAUACUCCUCAAAUCCUCUCUCCUCAUCUCCUUCUCAAAAUCCAUUGGAUAAGAAAACAGAGGUCCCGCCCCUCUGACCUUUUCCUCCAAUGGGUUUUGAGAAGGAGACGAGGAGAGAGGACACAAGGCGUUUGCGAUUGAGCUAUUCCCAUGUUUUACAUUACAAGUUUUGAGACCCUGUAACAUGUUUCAUUUUAAUAAAUAUUUGUUUAAAAAAGGA